AUGGCUCUAACCGCGAGCUAUCCCGUCAUCGAAGACUUGGCUAUGAAAUUCAAUAGACAUUCACUACACGAUAGCUUUCAGCUACCAGCUUUUUACUCAAGCUCAUGGCAAGCCAAGGAAUUUGCAUUAUAUUUACAACCGGGAUUCAUCGUAGAUCCAAGUUUCGAUCAAACAGUCCCGUUCGAGUUCAAAGCCAAUGGAACUUUUACUACGAAGAAGAACAAUCGUAAUAAACUACAAAGUGAUCGAACAAGCUCGACGAAACAUAGUCCUAGGCAUAGUCCGAAACGCGAGCAAGUGAAGGGAAAUAAAGCACAAACUAUAGAUCCAGCUCACAGUUCUGAUAACAAAGAAUGUAGAAGCAACGCUGUGAAGAACUUACAUUUUGAUGAGGAUUGUUUAUCAGACGACGAGGAAUUGUCUUGUUAUUUCUCAAAGGAAACUGAACUUUGUCAUGAUAGAUUUUUACCGACGACAGUUGAGAGUUCUCCGACUCGAAACCACAAUCGAAAGAGAUCUAUGGAAGAUGAGGAGUGCACGACAAUCAAACGAUGUUGUAGACCACGUUUAAACUUUGAUAAAAUGCUUUUGAACAGUAGAGAUUCACUGGAAAACACAUGGAGUGUUGAAACGGACACGACGAACUAUUUUAGGCCCAUAAGCCCCCAGGUUUUGCUAUCGUAA